CAUGCGCACUGAGGCUCUCGGGUAGUGACAGGUCCGCAGACGGAGAAGGAGCUCGUGCUGUUCACGAGCACAAAAAAAACAACAUAAAUAUUAUUUAUAUACAUAUUGAAUCCGGAAGUGUUUAUUAUUCACUGUUUGUUUUCAUCUGGGGUUUAAAACACGACAGGAAGUGACGAUAAAGCGCUCUUUCUUUUUACAGGAUCCUGAUUUCGGGCAGCUACUGAAGUAGAACAUUCGCUCCUCCGUCACGCCAUCAACACGUCAGGGACACCACGCUGAGCCUCUGUCAUGGAGGCCAUCGCCAAGUAUGACUUUAACGCCACUGCAGACGACGAGCUAAGCUUCAAACGUGGAGAGAUACUAAAGGUGUUAAAUGAAGAGUGUGAUCAGAACUGGUAUAAAGCUGAGCUGUACGGGAAAGAAGGGUUCAUCCCCAAAAACUACAUUGAGAUGAAGCCACACCCGUGGUUUUAUGGGAAGAUGCCGAGGGUGAAGGCGGAGGAGAUGUUGAAUAAACAGAGACACGAUGGAGCGUUUCUGAUCCGAGAGAGUGAGAGCGCACCGGGGGAUUUCUCUCUCUCUGUCAAGUUUGGGAACGACGUGCAGCACUUUAAGGUUCUGAGGGACGGGGCGGGGAAGUACUUCCUGUGGGUGGUGAAGUUCAACUCCCUCAACUCCCUGGUGGAUUAUCACCGCUCCACCUCCGUCUCCCGAAACCAGCCCAUCUUCCUGCGCGACAUCGAACAGGUGCCGCAGCAUGCGUCCUACGUGCAGGCUCUGUUCGACUUCGACCCUCAGGAGGAUGGCGAGCUCGGGUUCCGACGCGGAGAUCUGGUGCAGGUCCUGGACAACUCCGACCCUAACUGGUGGAAAGGGGCGUGUCACGGGCAGACCGGAAUGUUCCCCCGGAAUUACGUCACUCCCGUCACGCAGCAUAUGUAACCACGUGUAAAAAAAACAACGAUAAUCAUUCAAAAAACACAAAAAAAACAAACAUACAAACGGUCGGAACGGAACGGAGCGAUAGGACUUCCUGCUUAAUCGCCAUGGAAACGGAGGUGGCCUGGGAUCAAAGCCUCGGCAGAGUUCUGCUUGGUGAUUUGUGGACCGGUGCUCGAAGCUGAUUGGCUGGAAGGGAAACUGCUGCUUUGAUUCUUUGAUUCAUUACACUAUAAAUACAUAUAAACCAUAAAAAGUAUUCUGACUGGCGGGAAAAAAACACGUCGAGUGGGCAGCGAUCCUGCUCAUGUCUCUGAACUGUGUGUGUGUGUGUGUGUGUGUGUGUGUGUUACUCUCCUGUGUAAUCACUAAUAACAUGUCAAUGACCGUCUCAUCAGCAUGCGUCAUUCCACUCUGAUGAUGUCACUGCCAUUGAACAGGUGAGUCAGGCCACGCCCACUCAUUAUUAAUAUCAGCAUGGACGUGUCUCAAACCACACACUUCCUCCUCCAGUAUAAAAGCAGUCAUUGUGCCAUGCAUAAUCGCUUCUCCGACGUGUUGUGAUUUCUUCGUCUCUCUCUCUCUAAAAGGGAAAAAAAUGUGAUGAUAUCACAAGGCCAAUGAUGAUGUCAUAAUGUUUACUGUACAAAUCCUGACUGAUGAUCUUGAAGGUAGCGUCUGACUCGAGGGUUUAGUAGUUUAGUUUUUUGUAUCAAAGUGAUAAUAUUUAUAACUGAAACACAGAAGGUUUUUUUGCACUGUCAUGUAGUAAAGCAGCAGUAUUAAAACAAUAUACAAAAAAAAGAAGGAAAAACAUUGUAAGUUCACAAUAAAACAAACAAACUGUU